AUGAGAACAUUAGCUUACUAUUUAUACGUUAUAUAUUUUAGGAUAAAAAGACUAUUAUUUCGAAGGUCGAAAAUCGGGGACUUUACUAAGAUUAACGCUUAUAAUAAUUAA